AUGAGUCAUGAUCUGCAGUUAUACGACGCGCGCGUCGAUAGACGUGUCGAGGUUCGAACAUUCGACAUACUAGAAGACUUGGGUCAAAUCGAGUACGUGUUCUGCGACAAGACGGGCACACUGACAGAGAAUAAGAUGGAAUUCAAGCGCGCCAGCAUCAACGGGAUUGAAUACACAGCUGAUACCGCCCAUAACUACGUGAACCAUGGAAAUUCACACACCUCAGAGGAAACUUUGGUGCCUCAAGCUGAUCAAACCUUUGCCUCGCUUAGACCUAUUGUCGCCCAAAUGUCACUACUCUCGCGAGAUCCACUUGCGGCAAGCGAAGAGCUACAUCUGACGGGACAAGGGAUGCCAACGUCUGUGGCUGGCGAUGGACGGACAGAAUCCCGAAUUGUUCACACGUUUGAGGAGGACUUCAUACUAGCUAUGACUAUUUGCAACACAGUUGUGGUGUCUGCCACCAAGAACACUGCCACGUUGUUUCAAGCGCCGACUCGUAGAAAGGGUAUCCGCGACAUAUUCCGCAUCAGUCCGCGAAGGCGUUCACCCAAUCGAAAGCGUUUAAAAAGACCUUUGAUCGAUACAAUUUCGACAAAGCAUUCCUUGAGCUUGGGUUCUCUGUUCUCUCGACGACAGCGCCCUUUGAAACCGGAUUCGACGGUUGUUCCCCGCUUUGAAAUACAUGACGAGGACGAUGAGAGGGGUGAACAGCGCAUCGCAGCCGAAACAACGACUGAUGUUGACCCUGAAGCGCAGAGUAGUGGACUAGCAACCGGCGAUACUGUCGUCAAUGAUACUAGUUCGGGCGACUCACACUCAGUUGUCGUCCCCGAGCUCGCUGCCACCGAUGCUUCGCACCAUCAGACCGCCGAGGAGGUUGCUAUUCCCGUCCCUUCGACCCUCCCCCACACCCAGACACUGCCGCCACUCGUACCCGGACUGAUACUUGAUUUGCCAAUUUUGUGUGUCUCGACGUUAUCACAACUCCAUCAACACAUGCCCGAUGGCGACGGUUAUCCACAAUCUAUCACGGUCACGCCUGCUACAAGCGACACCCUUUUAAUGGAAUUGAUGCUACCGUUAACCAUAAAGCAAAAGGAUGCAUAUUAA